UUUCAUUCUAUCCUUAGCGUCCCAUGUAUCUGCUUAGCAGACCGUCCCAGUGCUGGAGGGAGGCUUUUGAACCUGUUCCUCCUUCUUCUGCUUGUUAAAAGUGUUUUAUUUCUCUGGGAGUUUAUAUCUGAAGUUCUGUGGCUUUGGGACUACUUGUACUGGUUUGGUUCUCCAUUCAUCUGAAUUAUGACUGCAGAUCAUGUUGAGAUGAAUGGGAGCCUCGUGGACAUUCUGUGCAAAACCUUCUUCUAGACAGCUCAGAAGAAACAUGACAACCUCCUGUUGCUGUUUGGCCAAGCUCAUCUUCCCCUUUUCUCUGCUUGGCUGAUCCAGAGUCGAGGAACUAUCCUCAAAUUCCAAAAUGUCCCACAAACGCAGCUUCCAGUGCUUCAACACUGUAGGGGAUGAAGGAAGCCACAAGUCUUCACUUCCGUUCAAGCAUCACACCAGCAGGCUUCCCAGGAUCCCUCAUCAUGGCAUCGUGGCUGGUCAUGAACCUCAUGACGAAUGCUAUCUUUGUUCUGACUACCAACACGGCCAGGCCCUGGAAACUUUGUAUCAUGCACCGUAUCACCACCAUCAUCCACACCAGUAUGUUCUCAGGAGGCCUGAGGAGCCCCCUGUGGUGCAUUCAGGCCAAGACCACCACAUCUAUCAUCACAGGCACAACAAGAAGGUUGUGCUAGUGAAAAACAGCGACCCCUCGUUCAGGAAGACCAUCGUAUUGCACCGCAGGAGCCUACGCAGUUUGGGGCUGUUUUUGGAGGAAGUUUCUGAGCUCAUGCAGCACCACAUCAGGAAACUGUACACUCUGGAGGGCCGUAAGAUUGACACUAUUCAGGGUCUUAUGCAGUGCCCCCCUGUUCUUGUCUGCAUGGGCCGUGAGCCUUCUCACCCUACCUUGAUAGAGAAUUUUCAGAAAACAACUGAUGACAAACUUCCAAACCUCAGUGUGAAAGCACGCUUUGAUGACUGCCAUGAAAAACAUGAUGGAUGCCCCAAAAAGAAAAGUACGAUCCAUCCGAAGGUGGAACCUGAUGACAAAUCCACCAAACACUCAGUGUCAUCUGAGAAGUCUGCACCUGAUGGAACUGAGUCUCCAGACACUCUUUAUUCCAACCCAAACACCUGCGAUGGAGUGAGAGAUGACGACAUCGAGAAAAUGGUUCAUGUAAAUGAUGAUGGCAGUCUGUCCAUGGAAAUGAAAGUGCGCUUCCGGCUGCAAAAUGAUGAAACAUUACAUUGGUCGACAAAAGUGAGAAAGACUGCGGGGAGGACCUCUGAGUACCUCCAGGCACACAGCAGUCCAUAUUUUGCACAUGCUAGUGAUAGAGGUUAUCCAGAAUCUGAAAACAACUCUACUGCUGGGCUGGAUGAAGCUUACAUCAACUCCUAUGUGAGAAAUUCAGAGGACGCCCACUGUUCUCAUUGCUGCAGUCACUGCCGGGAAUACAAUGGAUGGAAAAACAUCCCAGGGGCACAAGGAGCAAGUCGCUGCAUUCACACUUCGAGCUCAAGUGCAUCAUCACAUACAAGGGUCUGUAGAAAGACACUGGUUAAAAGCAGGGAAACUCAGUCAAGAUCAAGUGACGACAAUACAGAACAAACUUGUGUGGAGCAGACUGUUGAAGCAGCCGAAACUGUAGAGUACUGUACUAUCAGGAGUGAAACCUGCUCACCAAACUGCAAAGUACAAUGCCCCUUAAUGGAUAACUGUGGGGGUGACAAUAACACUGAAGUAACAAACCAAGAAGAGAGACCUGCUAGCAAGUCCUCUCUUCAUUCAAAAGGCUCACAAAAUGAUUCAGUCAAUGUCAAAACUGCCCAAACAUCGGAACAAGAAGAACAAACAGGAUCUGAUCUUGAUGCUCCCUCUCAAUUAAAUGAGGAGAAUCAAAAUGAUGACAAUGAUGAUGUCCCACCAAGUGUUUCAAGGGCAGGUUCAUCAUCCGAGGACAUCAAAGCAAAGGAAAGUUCCACUUUGAAUACAGGCUCAUCUCUGACUCCUACAGAGACAGAAGCUACUGUUUCAAAGCAAACUAGCAAACGAAGAAAAUUCAGAAAAUCAUUUCCUUGCAAGUGUGAAAUAUCUAAUGGUCCUGAGGAAGACUCAAAAGACCAAACUAAGACCCAAGAUGAAAUGGACGGUGAUAUAAAAAGAGAACGAUCAAGUGCCAUGUCUGUCAAAUCAAACGCUUCUGGCAGAUCAAAUAAUUCUGAAAAAAUAGAGUGUGAAGAUGUAGAGGAAACAAGAUCCAGAAGUGCCAUUUCAGUUCAUUCAAAUGCCUCGACAAAGUCUGAAGUGGCAGCUGAACAACAUACACUGGAGGAGGUUGCUGAUGAGGGAAGAGCAUUAAGUUCUUUGUCAUCAAAAUCCAACAUUUCUGUUAAAUCCAAAGAAUCAAAAGUCUCUUUACUCCCUGAUGAGGAACAAGCUGAGGAGGAAACUGAGCAAAGGACACCUAGUGCCAUGUCAGCUAAAUCAAUAACCUCCACAGAAUUAAAACUAGAUGCACCUGAAACAUCUCCAGAGGACUGUGUUGAAACCCUCUGUGAAGAAAAUGAAAAUGAAAUAGAGGAGAGAGCACAAAGCACAGUCUCAGAGAAAUCAAAUGUUUCUGCAAAAUCAAAAGCAUCAAAAACCUCUGAAGAUCCAGUGAAAGAACAUUCAGAUGACAAAUCAGAGGAGAGUGUUCCUGUGUCAUUAAAGUCAGAAGAGGCUGAUCAAAGUACUGAGGAAAAGGACGAAACACAAGAGAUUGGAGAUGAUCAAGACAGAGUGCCAAGUGUAAUGUCGGCCAAAUCAAUAACAUCUGAAGGAUCUAAACAGCAUGAAGAAAACAGUACAGAAGAGAGAGCAUCUAGUGCCAUGUCAGUAAAAUCGUCAGAGCCCUCAGAAAAUGGAGAGCCUCAUGGUGUAGAUGUCAGAGCGUCCAGCGCUAUAUCAGAAGUGUCACUUCACUCAGACAUAGCUGACACAAAUGAGGAGGCUGUUGGAACUGUGGAGAGAGCUCCAAGUACAACAUCAGUAAAAUCUGUCAAGUCAAAUGUAUCUGAACGGUCCAAAAAGUCUAUAGUGUCUGUGCUCUCUGUGGACGAGGAGCAGGGUGAAAUAAAAGACAGAAUGCCAAGUGCAAUGUCAUGUCAGUCUAUGAAGUCAAAUGUAUCUGCAGCAUCUAAGAAGUCAAAUAGAUGUGAAGAUAUUAACAAAGAAUGUGAUGAAGGGGCUAUGGACAGAGUGAAUAGCUCUAUGUCAGUAAAGUCUAAUGCCUCAGCAACAUCUUGUCAAUCAAAGAAGUCUGACCUUAGUGCUAAAGGUGGCGGUGUCAACACUGAGACAGAAGAGGACAGACCACAAAGCACACUGUCAGUGAAAUCAUCAAAGUCUGUCAGGUCAAAUAUUUCUGCCAAGUCAAACAAAUCUAAAUUAUCUGAAACAAUUAAAGGAAGCAAUGACAAUCAUGAGAACAGUGAAGGAGAUGAUGAAGGUGAGGAAGGUGAAAUGAGAGGACCCAGUGCCAUGUCAGUGCAAUCAUCACAUUCACAAAGAUCAGUUAAAUCAACAAGAUCAAACUUAUCUGCAAAGUCCAACAUUUCAAAGCCCAGUGGUGUUUCAGCUAAUAAUGACGAAAGAGCACCAAGUAAUAUGUCGACUAAAUCGGCAAAGUCAAACCUUUCAUCAGCAUCUAAGAGAUCAAAAGUGUCUAAAAAGGAUGAAAACCCUGCUGAGGAAAUAGAUACUGACGGGGACAAUGAAGGGAGAACUAUGAGCUCAAUGUCAAUCCAGUCAGUUGAGUCACGAAAGUCAAAAUGUGAUGAUCCACCCGAAGAAGGCUCAAAUGAAAGAAAUGAUGAAGAGCAAACAGAAGACAGAGCGUCAAGCUGCAUGUCAGUGGCAUCACUUCAUUCACAUGUUUCUGAUAACUCUAAUAAGUCUACUGAAAGAGCACCUAGUGCUGUGUCAGCUAAAUCAGCCAGGUCCCACAUUUCUGUAAAAUCUGUCACAUCUAAUACUUCUGAAGUACAUUCUAGUAAAGCUACUGACAUUCCUGAUGAACAAGACUGUGAAGAGGGAACUCCAGAGAGACCAAAGAGUACACUGUCAUGUAAAUCUGGAAAAUCAGUCACUUCUACAAAUUCUGCAAAGUCAAAAAAGGUGAAUGAGCCAGUGGAAGAAACUACAUCUAAUCAUGAACAAGUUAUAGAGAGAUCUCCAAGCCAUUUGUCCGUUAGGUCAGAAAAAUCAACAAAGUCAAAUGCCUCUGCAAAAUCAAGAAGAUCUGAAGUUUCUCAUGUCUCUGUGGAGAAUGAUGUAGAUACCGGGGAAAGAAUUGUGGAGGGUGAAAGUGAAGGAAGACCGCUAAGCUCAAUAUCAGUACAGUCAGUUAAGUCAAAUAUUUCCACAGGAUCUAGACAAUCAAAUCGUUCUAUGAAUGUUCCAGAUGAGGAAGACACUGAGGUAUCUGGAGCCUCUGAUGUUCCUGUGUUAAAUGGCAUUGACACCCCUGGAGAAAGAAUUGUGGAAGGGGAGAGUGAAGGAAGAGCCAUAAGCUCGAUGUCAGUCAAAUCGGAUAAGUCCAAUAUUUCAGUAGGUUCUAAAAAGUCAAAAUGUUCGACUAAUGUUCCAGCUGAAGGAGACUUUGAGAGCCCCGAUGAAGAACAUGAUCAAGACCAACCUGAAGACAGAGCAUCAAGCUGUUUGUCAGGCAAAUCAGUCCAGUCACAUGUUUCUGAAAGAUCAAUCAAGUCUACAGAAAGAACAACUAGUGCUUUGUCAGCUAAAUCAGCAAAGUCACAUACUUCUGUAAAUUCAGUCAGAUCAAAUGCUUCUGAAGUGUGUUCUACCAAUCCUACUGAUGCUCCAGAUGAACCACAUGGUGAAGAAGAUACUCUCGAAAGAUCACAGAGUGAAAUGUCAACCAAAAGUGUAAAGUCAGCUGUUUCUGCCAAAUCUAUUAACACAAAAGAAAAUGGUUCAGAUGAUAAUGAAAAUGCAGAAAGAUCUCCCAGCACUAUGUCAGUCAGUUCAGCAAAAUCUACAAGGUCAAAUAUUUCAGCAAUAUCUAAGAAGUCUGAAGCUGCCAUUCCCUCUGAACAAAUAACUGAUACCUCUGAAAGAGAUGAAGAAGAGCAAGAUGAAAACAGAUCAGUAAGUUCAAUGUCAAUACAUUCAAUCAAGUCAGAUCUUUCUGUAAGAUCAAGCAGGUCAAAAGGUCCUGAUGUUCCUGACAAAGGAAUAAUUACCCGGCCCAAGUCACAUGUUUCUAUAAUAUCCAUUAAGUCUGAUUUAGAAAAUCAAGAAAGAGCACAAAGUCAGCUGUCAGUUAAAUCUGCAAAGUCAAAUACUUCUGCAAAAUCAAGUAAGUCAAGAGUCCAAGCUGAAGAAGACAAUUCUGAUCAUGUAGAAAGAGCCUCAAGCAAUAUGUCAGUCAGAUCAAGAAAUUCAACAAAGACAAAUGUGUCUGAAACAUGCAAGAAAUCAGAAACCUCUGAAAUCACCUCUCAACACAGCACUGAAAUAGAUGAAGGAGAAAAUGAAGGAAGAAUGAACUCACCAUCAGUCCAUUCAGUCAAGUCAAGUAUUUCUGCAAGAUCAAAAAAGUCAAUGUGUUCUGUUCCGGUUGAAGAUGGCACUGAAAACCCAGAUGAAGGAAAUGAAAAGGAAGAAAGAGCAUCAAGUUGCAUGUCAGUUAAAUCACAUAUUUCUGAGUCAUCCAUUAAGUCUGAAGCCUCUGGAGUUGCUACAGCUACUGGUGAUAAUGUGAUGAAUGUGAGAGCCUCUAGCACUUUGUCAGUUAAAUCAGGAAAGUCGCAAGCUUCAGUUAAAUCGAAUGCCUCUGCCAUUAGCGAUCAAGGAAAUGGUGAAAUGGAAAUACAAGAGAGAGCGCAAAGCACAACGUCAGUCAAGUCUGUCAAGUCAAACAUUUCUGUAAAAUCAAGUAAAUCAAAAGUGUCUGAUGUUACAGCUGAGGAAACAUGUCCUAAGUCAAAUUCCUCUGCAAAGUCAACAUCAAGUAAAGGGAGUAUAGAGGAGGAAGACAGAGCUCCAAGCUGCAUGUCAGAGAAGUCAAAUGUUACAGUAAACUCUGAAGAGAGACCAUCAAGCAACAUUUCAGCCAAGUCAUCCAGGUCAAAUACUUCCGUAUCAUCAAAAAAUACAAAAGAACUUCAGGUUAAUUCAGAAGAUAACACUGCAAAUGACAAGGAAACUGUGCAGAGACCAUCAAGCACCUUGUCAGCGGUAUCAGCCAAAUCUGGAAAAUCAGCAAAAUCAAAUGUUUCUGCAAAGUCUAGUAAAUCUAAAGCAGAAGACCAUCAAGAUGGACAUAUGGAGAGAGUACCAAGUAGUACCUCCAUCAAAUCAGUUAAAUCAGGAAAGUCUGAUUCUACAGCAAUAUCACAGUCUUCUCAAGUUGAUAACGGCAAUCAAAUAGAAGAGGACAAUCGGAAAAGAGCUGCAAGUUCAAUGUCAGUCAAGUCAGUUAAGUCAAGUGUUUCAUCAAUAUCUAUAAAAUCAAAGGCUUCUCACAGCCCUAAACAAGAAGGUGGUGAAGAAAAUUCAGCAGAUGUAAAUGAAGAGGCGAUACAAAGUCCUGUGUCAAAUAAAUCAUCAAAGUCUACAUCAAAACUUAAUCAUGACAGAACUCCUAGUGCUAUGUCAUCAAAGACAGCUACAGAAAUAGAAAGUGCUGAGGAGAAAUCUGAGAGAGUACCAAGUGCCAUGUCAAGAAAGUCAAACAGGUCAGCAAGAUCUACAAAAUCAAAAGUCUCCAAUGCUCCAACUGAUGAUACAAAUGAAAGGGAGACAUCUGUUAGUCCAGUGUCAAUGAACUCAAGUCAUUCUGGAAUGUUAAGCACAUCUGAAGUUCCUACAGUGAUAGUUGAAGAAAGUGAAGACAGAGCUCCUACAGUCAUGUCAUCGAAGUCCAACGUUUCAAGAAAGUCACAAAGUUCUUUGUCUGUCAAAUCAAACCUGUCCACAAAAUCUCAAAAAUCAAAAAAAUCUGAUAUUUCUCCAGUGGAUGGUGAGAAUGCUGAACCCACUUCUGUUUCCCAAGAGGAAGAAGAUAAGAGCAGUUCUAAAACAAAGACAAGCAAAUCAAGCAGGCAAAGUGUAAAAACUGCAACUUCAGAUGUGGCAGCAGGGCCGAAAUCUAUUGCAAACUCAAAAGUGUCAGAAAGGACCCAGGAAUCAAAAAGAAGUAAACCUCAUGUGAUCUCUCGGACAAAAUCGAAGGAGAGUGAUGUGUCACAGUCUCUUUCUAAUUCGGAUGUUGUCAAAGAGGGGUGCGAGACCAAAUCAAAUUUGUCAAAGGGGAUAGCAAAUGGCCCAUUGGACGCUCAGGAUGAUGAGAGUUUUAUUGGUAACAAAAGUGAUAAAAGCUGCAAUUGCGAACAGAAAAACAAUGAUUCUAACGAACUCGAGCUGAUCCCUUCUAACCUACCAAAUGCUUCCCCUUCUGAGGUUGUAAAUGAAUGGCUGAAAACAAUAUCAGUUGAUGGUAAUAUGUGUGACAUGGAGGACUUAAAUGAAAAUGGUGAUGAUCAGAAGAAUUGUGCUUUAGAAGAGGAAGUUGAUGAAACACUGGAUAAUGAAAAUGACAUUGAUAAUAUGAAUGAUAACAAUGAAAACGUAAUGAACAAAAGCACAGACAGAACCAAUACAGAUAAUAACGGCACCUCUAAAAUAUUUAAUUCAUCUGUACAGGUGAUGAAAGUACUUUUAAAUCCAAAGCUUGACCGAUGUAACAGCGUACCAGAAGUUUCUCUAGUAUAUGGGCGGAAACUAAGUACUUCAGCAAGAGGUCUUUUGGAUUGCCUUGUGAAGUUGCAGUUAAUAGAGCAUAAUCCUAAAAAUGCAAAUGAAAAAGAUGCAAGAUACCAAGAGCUAAUGAAUAUUCUUCAGUCUCUCUGGCUUUGUGAUCCUCCUGAAGAUGAAGAUCCAUUAAAGAAGGAAGAUCACCAUUCUGUGGAUGGUGAAUUCAAUCACACAUCAUCCUCUGGUGUUGAUGUAAACAGUGGUUCCACUGGUUCUGGUAAGAGUAGUGAUGGUCUAAAUGGUGAUGUAUCUCAACCAUGUGUCACUGGAGAUACAUCAGUGAAAACACAGGUAGUGAAUCAAGAUGAACUGGAAGAGAAUGCUCAAUGGACAACUGAGAGAGAUGUUGAAAAGCAAAAGGAAGAUGAUCCAGCAACAGAUGAAACUAUCAGAAGCAAUGAUAGUCUGACAGAAUUGCCAGAAACACCAUCAUCCUCACAAAACAGCUCAGGAAAUGACAAUAGUGGACAAAAACUUAAAGAAGAAACUGACACAAGUUCUGAGACUCCUUCAUCUGUUCAACGAACAGAGUUGGUCAAAAGAAUUUCUUUAGAUCCUGAUCCUCUGUGGGUAUUAACUUUACUAUCUAAACUAGAGAAACAGUUCAUGAAACAUUAUAUCAGUGCAAUGAGAGAGUUCAAAGUUCGUUGGAAUUUGGAUGACAAUGAGCAGCUUGACACAAUAAUAGGUGAACUAAAAACAGAGGUUCACGGAAAAAUCCAAAGAAGUAUUGAUAGGGAGCUUAAAAAAAUUCAAGGCCGUGUAGGGCUACCAAGACCCCCCAAAGAAGCAAUGUCACACUCUUCAACAACACAAACAGAGGAGAGGAGACGGAGGAUGAAGAUCAUGCUUAAACAAUCAGAUGAUCAACAAGCACAAAAAAGUCAUGAUUCAGCAACAGGCACAUCUUACAGUGACCAACGCAGUGAAAUUGAUGAUGAAGACUGUCCAUGUGAAACAUGUAUUAAGACCCCACAUACAGUGAAGAUGAGUGCCUGUACAUGUCCCUCUGAAGCCAAUACAGAUAUAAAAACAGCAGAAAACCUUGUAGAAGGAGUGAUUGACAAAGCUGCAAGAGAAGUGGAAGGGGAUGAAGGAUACCAUGACAAAGAGGGGGAUUGUGCUGUUGCUGUAGAUGAAAAACAAGCAGAUAAAGAAGACCAAUCUGAGGAUGUUGAAAAAGCAACAUCUGAAGAUGAGAUUGGUGCAGAAAAAGAGGAUGCCAUUAUAAGUGAAGCUGAACUGGAGGAAGAAGCAGCUGAAGCCACUAAAGCUGAAAAUGAAGAUGAAGCAGAAGAAACUGCUGUUGCAGCCACGGCUGUGGAUGAAUCUGACACAAAUGAGGAUUUGAAAACAGGAAUAGAUGAUGAUUUAGAAGAGCUUGAUGCCACCAGUGUGGAUGAGAAAAAUGACACAGUCACAGCUGAUGAAUCAGAACAUGAUCCAACUGAGGAAGCAACAAGAGAGGAUGAGACUGAGGCAGAACAAGAGGCUGCAGUCACAUGUCAAAAUGAAUCAGAUGAAGAGCCUGCUGAAGAUGAGACUAUUGAGAACACAGCUUUGGAAGCCACAGAUGAAAAAACUGACAAAGAUGAGACUGAUGGAGAAAAGACAGCUGAUGAUGAAGAGGUUGAAGCCACCAGUGCACAUGAAUCUACAGAUGAGAAAGAUGACACAGUCACAGCUGAUGAAUCAAUACAUGAACCAACUGAAGAAGUGACAAGUGAUGUUGAGACUGCAGCAGAAGAAGUGGCUGCUCUCACAUGUCAGAGUGCACCAAAUGAAGAACCCGUUGAAAAUGAGAUUGUUGAGACUACAGCUUUGGAAUCUACAGCUGAAGAAUCUGACAAAGAUGAGACUGACAGAGAAAGGACAGUUGAUGAUGAAGAAGAGGUUCAAACCAUAAGUGAAAAAGAGUCUGUGCACGAGACAGGUGACACAGCUACAGAUGAUGAAGCAUCAAAUGAUCUGAAUGAAGAAGAGACAAAUCAAGAUAAGAAUAUGACUGAAAAAGAGGCUGCAGUCACAUGUCAAAAUGCAUCAGAUGAAGAUCCCGUUGAAGAUGAGAUUGUUGAGACCAAAGCUUUGGAGGCCACAGCUGGAGAAUCUGACAAAGAUGAGGUUGAUGAAGAAAAGUCAGUUGAGGAUGAAGAAGAGGUUAAAGCCAUAAGUGAGGAAGAGUCUGUGGAUGAGACAGAUGAUACAGCUGCAGCUGACAAAGCUUCAAAUGAGCCAAAUGAAGAAGCAAUGAGUGAAGAAGAAGAGACUGCAACAGAACAAAAGGCUGUAGCUGAAGAAUCUGACGAAGAUAAGUCUGAUGGAGAAACAAUGGUUAACGAUGAGGAAGAGGUUCAAGCCAUGAGUGCAGAGGAGUCAGCGGAUGAGAAAGAUGACACAGCCACAGUUGAUGAAGCUUCAAAUGAACCAGAUGAAGAAGCAGCUACUGAAGAUGAAGAGGCAGCUACAAAUGAAGAGAAUGUAGCUCAAGAAAGUGUUGUUGACGAAGAUGAAGCUGUUGAGGCAAGUAUGAAUGAAGAUGAGAGUGAUACCACUAGUAAGUGUGAACAGACACAAGAGGCUGCCGAAGAAAAUGCCAAAGAAGAUGCCAGUGAUAAUGAAUCUGAGGAGGAGGAAGUUGAAAGAGGAGUGGUCAGUGAAGAAGAUGAGCUAUCUGCCCCCAGUGCAGAUGAAGCUGAAAAUGAAAACAGCGGGACAGCUGAAGAAGUCACUGAGGAUGACACGGCUGUAAAAGAGAAUUGUGCCGCAACUAUUGAUAAAACAAAUGAAGAGACUGUUGAAGACCAAAUGGCUGAAGAUGAGACAGUAGUGGCAGCUGCAAGUGAAAAUGAAUGUGACCAAGAGGAGUCCUCAGGAGAAGGGACGGUUGAUGAUGAAGAAGAGAUUCCUGCCACCAGUGCAGAGUCGGCUGAUGAGAACAAUGACACAGUGGGUGAAUCUUCAAAAGACAUAGCUGAAGAAGAAACAGCAAAUGAUGAAAUAGCUGUAGUCGCAGAUGAUGAAUCAGUUGAACAUGAAUCUGACAAAGAAGAGUCUGUGGAAACAGGGAAUGUUGACAACGAAGAAGAGACUGUUGCUGCCAGUGAAGAUGAUCACACAGAAGACUUGGGUGACAUGACAAAUGGUGAUGCAACAGGUGAUGAACUGUCAAAUGAACGUGCAGAACCUGAAAGAGAAACAACUGAAGAUAAUACUGCUGUUGAAAAAGAAGUGGAUGUAAAUGAAGAAGAUGGGUCAAACAAUGAGCCUGCUGAAGCCACUAUAGUUGAAGAUCAAAACACAGAAGAGGAACCGGAUGAGGCACCAACAACUGAAAACGAAUCUGAUGUGGAAGAAGCUGCAGAAGCAGUUGACAAGGGAGAAGAGAAUGAUGGAGAUGAAAUUGCAGAAAAUGAUGAAACAGCCAAAGAUGUUGAGUUGUCAAAGGAACAAUCUGAAGAAGCAGAAACAGAUGAUGAAAUGGGAGAAGGAAAAGAGACUGUCGUCACAACAGAAGAUGAAAAAGAUGAGGAGGCUGCUGAAACAACUGCAGCUGAGGAUGAAGAUGCAGAUGAAGAGGCUGAUGUGGCAGCCACUGAGGAUGAAUCUGACAAAAAUGAAGUGGUGGAAGAAGCUUUGGCUGGAAAUGGAGAAGAAGUCAAAGCUGAAGCAACAACUGAAGAUGAAGAUGCUGUAGAAAAAGAGACAGCUGAUGCUAAUGAAGAUGAACUAAAAGAAGAAGCUGAAGUGGCUGCCACAACUGAGGAUGAAUCUGUGGAGGAAGGUGAAGAGGAUGAAGAAGAGAAAACUCCUGCUACUUGUGAUGAGUCUGCAGAUGAAAAAGGUGAAGAACCAUCCGAGGAACCAUCUGAAGAAGCAACAACUGAGGCUGCAGAAAAAGAGACUGUUGACUCAAAUGAAGAUGAAGCAAAAGAUGAAGAGGCCCAAAGCACAAAAUCUGAAGAUGAGGAAGAAGAAGUUGAUGCAGAAGCCACAACUAAAACUGAAGCUGAUGACAAUGCACCUGAAGAGUCUGCAGAUGAGGAAGCUGAAGAGGCAACUGCAGAUGAAGAUGAAUCAAAGGAAGAGGCUGCUGAAACCAAGGGAGAAGAAGCUGAAGCUCAAGCAGCAGCAACUGAAGAUGAAGCUGACAAAGAAGUAGCAGCAGAAGAUGACAUUCCUGCCUCUAGUGCAGAAGAGUCUGUAGAUGAAACUGCCUCAUCUAAAGGUGAUGAACCAUCUGAAGAACCAGCUGAGGAAGCAACAACUGAAGAUGAGUUAGCUGUGGAAAAAGAGGUUACUGCCACAAGUCAAGCUGAAUCGAAGGAAGAUGAUACAGAAAUCAGUGCUGGUGAAGAAGAAGAAGGAGAGACAGAAGUAAAAGCCAAAGUUGAAGAUGAAGCUGUGGAAGAUGUAGAGGAUGAUGAUGAUGAGAAGACUCCCGUUACUAGUGGAGAUGAAACUGCAAAUGAAAUCAGUGACGCAGCUACAGACGAUGAACCAUCUGAAGAAGCCACAACUGACGAUGAGAUUGCUGCAGAAAAAGAGAGUGCUAACACAGAUGAAGAUGGUGAAGGGGAUAUUGUAACAGAAACAUCUGCACAUGAAUGUGAGACGACAGUAGAAGCAGCUGUAGAUGAGGAAGAGGAAGAGACUGCUGCCAACAGUGAAGACAGCGAUGCAGAAAAUGAUAAAACAACUGCAGAGGAGAAUGAGAAUACGCCCAAAGCCAAUUCUGAUCCUGAAUCUGCAGCAGAAGACAUCCCCAAAGCUGAGGGCGAAUCAGAGGAUGAGAGCAAUGAAGCAGCCACAGAAGAUAAUGAAUCAGAGGAUGAUGAUGCUGGAACAGUUACAGAAGACAAUGAAGCAGAAGAGGAACAUUUAGAAGCUACAUCUAAAACAGAAACUGCGGAAGACCAAGGUGAGGAGGAACAUGAUGAAGCAACAUUAGAUGAAGAUGGGUCACCGAGAGAAGAACUUCAUGUGACAGAAUCAUCUGAUGUUAACACUGAAAGUCAAACAGCUAAAAGUGAUGUUCAAGCUGAGGAAACAGCUGGAGAACAUGGAGAAGAAUCAGAGGGAGAAAAUGAAGAGGACCAGUCUGUUGGAAAUGUAGAUGCAGCAACCCCUGAAGUAUCAGAUGAAGAAUGCACAGGAGAUGAAUCUGAAGAAUGUGGAACAGCAGAGGACGAGUCAGGAAAAGCAGAAACAGUGUGUGAUGAAAUAGCAGAAAAUGACAGUGAUGAAGAAUCUGGUGCAUGUUCUGUAGAGGAGGUUGAAAAACUUCCACCUGGGAGAGAAGAAUCUGUUGAUAAGACUGAGGAUGAAUCUGCACAAGAUCACAAAGAACAUCAAACUAACACACAAGAACCUAUGGAAACAGAGACAGAAGAUGAUGAAGAGGUUUUGGAAAAUGGCGUCAGUGAAUCUGAAACUGAAGAAAAUGACACAUCUAAAGGACAACAGGAGGAUGCUUCAAUAGAAUCUAAUGAUGAUACAGAAGGAUGUGAUGAUGUAAUGGAGUUUAAAGCAGACAGUGUUGAAAAUGUGGAAGAAAUAUCAAAAGAUGAGGAUGAAGAAAAAACAGAAGAAUGUAAUGACAUUUCAAAUAUGAACCAUGAUGAGGAUGUUAAUGAAGCACCUGAAAAAGAGGAGGAGGAGGAGGAGAGCGGAACUCCAGUAGGAAACUGGAGAGGAGACCAGGGAGAUUCAGCUGAUGGAGAAGAUGAAGCCGAUGAAGAUUCAGACUACCCAGAGGAACAAAGUGAUGACGCAAAACAUGAAUCCGUUCCAGACAACGGAGAUGAUAAAGAAACAGAGAAAACACCUGUAAUCCCAAUUGACAAUUUGAAUAAAAUGAGUUCAGACCAGGACGCUGAUGCUGAUGGUGAAGAUUCUGAGACGGAAAUGAAAAACCAUGAAGAUGUAAAAACCCUCAAGUAGGAGUGAAGAUCAGAAAGUGACUGUAACUAAAGAGACACAUGAACAGAGAAAAAGAAGAGGAUGAAUUAUAUACUUACAUAGAUGUUCUGAGUACUGAGCAAACUGCAAUAUGUUUAUCAUGUCACAGAUUGUCAAACAUUAUUCUUACAAACUCCAAAUAAAUACCUGUACUUUGCUCAAACAUUGCACAAAAGUUACUGAAACUUGAAUUUAUAUAUUUGUAGGAGGUUAAUGUGCAAAACUAAUUGCAACUUUUAUUUUCAUUAACUAGUUAUGAUUAUUCGUCACAUGUAAUCGUGUUAUCUACGGAAACUGAGCCUUAGAGAGAACAUGGAACUAUUCCUUGUUACUUGCUACUUGCUAGAAACUGCAAGUAUUUGUAUAAAUCACUUUCAGAUAUGGUACUGAACAAUAUAUACUGUAGACCACAGUAUAUUUAUACAUAUAUUUCUGCUGCUCAAUAUUUUCAUUCAGGAAGACUGUGAAUGUAUUUCUUCAAAAGGGAAGUAUUACUUGAAUGUACUUUGUUAUAUUUCUGAAUGUAAAAACAAUUAUAAUUGUAUAGAUAUAUAUUUUUCUAGUUAAUACUGCACUUUUCUGUAAAGUCUGAAAAUACUGAUAAUAUUGACUUUGAAUGUUUAAAUCACAUAAUUUUCUGGUCUGAGAGGAUCUUUACAAUCCAUCAUGUUAAUGCAUGUUAAUGUUCAUGUGUUGUUUUUUUUUAGCAAGCGAUCAUAAACUGAAAUGAUGGCACUUGUUUCUCUGUAAAGUAGUGAAGUUCAUUGCAGGGUUUUAUGAUGUUAUCAAUAUUCUCUGUGACACAGGGGUAAGGUCCCUUGCUCAAUGUACUGUACUUAUAAUUUCUGAAAUUAAAAUGUACUUUAAAGAC